AUGCCACGAUCUGGACGCUUCGCUCGCACCGUCCCACGCCGAAGAGCAUUCGGCACUGCCAUCCGGGGAUUUCGCCGCGCGCGACGCCGCGCCCUCGUGGCUGCGGUCGUUGCCACAAGCGGACAGAUACUCUCAGUUAGAGAGACGGAUCCCGAUAUUGAUAUCGGAGGUCCCGAAUACAACGACGAGGAGGUAUUAGAUGAAUACCUCCGAGGGCAUGAGAGAGGUUUCCGCCUCGGCCUUCGCCGAGGGCAAGAGCUUGGCUACCGACGAGGAGCUUCCAUUGGGUUUGCCCAAGGCCUCCGCCAGGCUCAGGAGGAGGCAUACAACGCUGGGUUCCGUGAUGGGUUGGACGACACUCACGAGUAUCAGUAA